CUUCCUUUCUUUUUCGCAUUGCGUUGGUUUCGUGUUCUGUCUGGUUCACUGGCCUGGACGUUCUCCUGCAUCUUCUGUCGCUCUGGUGGUCGUCUCUGGGAGGGACUUAAACAGCCCCAGGAGACCUGGAAAUGGACUCAUUGGCCUUUGAGGAUGUGGCUGUAAACUUCACCCUGGAUGAGUGGGUUUUACUGGAUUCCUCACAGAGGAAACUCUACAGAGAUGUGAUGCGGGAAAACUUCAGGAAUGUAGUCUCAGUAGAAGCAAAACAGGAAGACCAUGACAUUGAAGAUCAGGACAAAAACCAGGAGAGAAAAUUACGAAAUCCCAAAGCAGAGAGACACUCUGAAAAGAGAGACAUUAAUUCCUCUGAAGAAAGCUUCAACCUUAUUCCAACUCCCAAUGUGAAGAGAACUCGUGAUAUAAAACCAUGGGAAUGCAGAGCGUGUGGGAAAGUCUUCAUGUAUCAUUCAUCCCUUACUAGACACAUGAAAUGUCACAUUGAAAACAGAUCAGGAGAUCGCCGAAAGUACCGGGAGAAGGUAUAUAAAUGUAAAGAAUGUGGAAUAGCAUUCAUUUUUCCUAGUGCUCUGAAAACCCAUGAAAGGAGUCACACAGGAGAGAAACCCUAUGAAUGUAAGGAAUGUGGCAAAGCCUUCACGUGGCACACAACUUUUCGAAAACACAUGGGAACGCACACUGGAGACUUACCUUACAAGUGUCAGAAAUGUGAGAAAGCAUUCAUUUAUCCCAGUCACCUACGAAUGCAUGAAAGCACUCAUAAAGGACAUAAACCUUAUAAAUGUACAGAAUGUGGGAAAACCUUUGAAAGUCCUGAAACUAUUGAAAUACAUGAAAGGAUUCACAGGGGAGAGAAACCUUAUGAAUGUAAGCAGUGUGGUAAAGCUUUCAAACGUUUGAGGUCCUUCCAGGCACACAAAAGACAUCACACAGGAGAGACACCGUUUGUAUGUAAAACAUGCUCUAAAGUAUUGAAUACUGCCUGGUCGCUACGAAAUCAUGAAAGAAUCCACACUGGAGAAAAACCAUAUAAGUGUAAGGAAUGUGGGAAAGCCUUCUUAUUAAAUGUAACCCUUCAGAAACACAUGAUAACACACACUGGGGAUGGACCUUAUAAAUGCAAAGAAUGUGAGAGAGUAUUCAUUCAUCCCAGUUCUUUUAAAGUACAUGAAAGGAGUCACACUGGAGAGAAACCAUAUCAAUGUGACCAGUGUGGUAAAUGGUACCGGUAUCCAUCAUUUUUAAAAAUACAUCGAAGGACCCAUAGUUGACAGGGGGGACACUUUGAAUGUAUGGGAAUAAAAUGAGAAUGAAAUGUAUGGGAAUGGGAAAUGAAAGGGAAAUGUUCUGUUCCACUUACGUUGACAUGCAUGAAAGAAUUCACACUGGACAGAAACCUGUCAAUUUGAUGGAAAUGUCGGGAAUCUUCCAUUUGUGUCUCAGUCAUUCAGAGACCCAUGAGACUACACACUGGACAGAAAUCAUAUAAAAUGUGAAGAAUGUGGAAAAGGCUUUUCCGAUCUUAGUAGUUUCUGAAACCAUAAAAGGAUUUACUAGGUAAAACCUUGUUUGUAAACAGCCUCAGAAAUACUUCAAUUGGCUGACAUCAUUAUAUGGAAAAACUCCCAUGGAGAAGAUGUGUAAAUGUAAAUAACAUGAGAUAAAUUGAUGGAAAGUAA